UAUGUAACGGCUUCCUGUUCUUCCGCCGAGACCACAGUCGCCUGCUCAUGUUAUAUCAUUGCGCAUUAAGUUUUCAAUUAUGGAUCACUCAAUACUUUUGGUCACUAUCAUAAUCGGAAUUUCGCAUUUUACAAACGGACAGUUUGAUUGUCCGAAAAAAAACGGCCAGUUCGAGGACCCGGUGCAAUGUGAUAAAUUCUAUGACUGUAAGGACGGUGUGGCCACAACCAAGUUGUGUCCCGACGGAUUGGUAUUCGAUCCAUUAAACAGGAAGAUCAACAAAUGCGACCAACCAUUUAGUGUAGACUGCGGCGAUCGUACCGAGCUCCAGAACCCACAGUCUAACAACUUAUGUCCCAGACGUAACGGUUACUUCGCCCAUCCCGACGAAAAGGUGUGCAACAUAUUCUAUAACUGCAUCGAGGGCGAGGGCACGGAAAUCGUAUGUCCCAACGGCCUACACUUCGACGAGUAUGCGGGAACGUGCGCUUGGCCAGACACCGCCGGCAGGUCAGGGUGCGGCGAUCCGGAAGAAUUGAAACUCAAAGACGGUUUCAUGUGCCCCAAAGAGAAAACGCAUUCGUCUCGAGGACAAAACGUUGCCCAUCCAGUGUUUGCGCACCCCGACGACUGUCAAAAGUUCUACGUGUGUCUUAACGGCAUAACACCAAGAGAACAGGGCUGUUCCACCGGAGAAGUGUUCAACGAACAGUCUCAGAAAUGUGAUCAACCUGAAAACGUACCCGGAUGUGAGGAUUGGUUCAAAGACGAUCCACAAGUUCAGAAUAAAAACAAAAAAAACCAAUAGACUUUAAAAUAACUAAUUUGUAUGUAUUUAAUGUAUAAUACAACAUAAUAUUUAUACAUUAAACUAAGUCAUAUUAUUAUUACAUUUAACUAAAAAAUUAUGUUUGUAUUUUAUUUCUGUUUGAUAUUUUUUAUUGAUUCUUUUAACUAUAAGUUUUCGUUAAAUAAACUAUCUUCUCUAA